GUUGAAAUCAAUCAGUUCUAUCUCCUCUCCCUUCUCUCUCCUCUUCGUCUUUUCUAUUACGCCCUCGGUGGCGGGAGGUCGGCGGCGCCGGUGUCGAAAGAUUUACACAGAAAUUCUCCUUGAUUAUUUUUAGAAUUUUUUCCCAAGUAAAAGCAUUAAUUUGAGCUGUUCUGGGCGAAAGAAAGGUCAGUAUGAACGGAGGGGAACCCUUUUAUCAGGAUGCGGAUCUUGGUGACUUUGGAUCUAGGUGGUAUUUCUCCCGUAGAGAGAUCGAAGAUAGUUCUCCAUCUAGAAAAGAUGGUAUUGAUCUGAAGAAAGAGACAUAUCUCCGAAAAUCAUAUUGCACAUUUUUGCAGGAUUUAGGCAUAAGACUGAAAGUACCUCAGGUUACAAUAGCUACUGCCAUAGUGCUUUGUCAUCGUUUUUUCCUUCGACAAUCUCAUGCCAAGAAUGACAGACGGACCAUUGCAACCGUGUGCAUGUUCCUUGCUGGGAAGGCUGAAGAAACUCCUCGUCCAUUGAAGGAUGUCAUUCUUGUUUCCUAUGAAAUCAUGCAUAAAAAAGAUCCUUUGGCUGUCCAGAGAAUUAAGCAGAAGGAAGUAUGUGACCAACAGAAAGAACUUAUACAAUUAGCUGAGAGGGUUGUUCUCUCCACACUCGGUUUUGAUCUUAAUGUUCACCACCCAUAUAAACCUCUUGUUGAAGCAAUAAAAAAAUUCAAGGUUGCGCAGAAUGCUCUUGCACAAGUUGCAUGGAAUUUUGUCAAUGAUGGGCUGCGGACAUCACUCUGCCUGCAGUUUAAGCCCCACCAUAUAGCUGCUGGUGCCAUCUUUCUUGCUGCCAAGUUUCUUAAAGUGAAGCUUCCAUCGGAUGGUGAGAAGUUCUGGUGGCAAGAAUUUGAUGUCACCCCACGGCAGUUAGAAGAUGUCAGCAAUCAAAUGUUGGAGCUUUAUGAGCAAAGUCGACCUGUGCAGGCUUCACAUGCAAAUGAAGUUGAAGGAAGCACCAGUGGUGGGACAAAUCAAACUGUGGUUACAAGUUCAACCAUUAAUGAGAAUCCACCAUCAACAAAUGUCCGUUCUCAUGCUAGUGAGGCACUUAACACCAAGCAAGUGGUCCGAGUACCACAACCUGCCAAGCUAAAUGUUCCUCCGACGGCAUCUGAUUUCCAAACCUUGCCUCAAAGUAGUUCGCUAACCCAUGAAAAUGCCAGUAGCGAGGUUUUUGACCGGAAAACGGACAAUGAGGAAGAAGAUUGCUUGCAUAAUGAAGUAGGGCAGCAUGGCCGCAGGAGCGAAAACAUGGCAGGUGCUUCGAUGCAUACCAGCUCCUUUACUGAUAGACAAGCCCGGGAAACAGUAACUAGCUAUGCUGGUGAAGCAAUUGAAACAAGGGAGAGAAAGGAUGAUGCUUCAGCUUCAAUUUCAAAGCUCGACAGGAACAAAUUUAAAGCUGCUCUUGAGAGGAGAAGGAAGCAGGGAAGUGAUGCUUCCACUGAGACCAACUUAAUGGAUGAUGAUGAUCUCAUUGCUAGGGAGAUCGAAAACGGCAUUGAGCUCGCUGUGGAAGGUGAGAAAUUAAAGCAGGAGAAAAGAACUGGUUGGCCUAAGCCCCUGAACCAUGCAGGACCCAAGAAUCAGAAUGUGAAUUCCGAAGAAGGAGAGCUUUCAUCUCUUAAAUCAUUCAAUGGAAGUGAUAGAGCUCCAAGCAAAUGGCAGCAUGAUUUGCCCCAUCAAUCAAGAGAUGCAGGUGGAAGAUCAUUUAUAGAAAACACUGGAAGGGACCAUAAACGAUUAAGGCAUGACGGUUAUGCAUGAAAGUACAACAGCCAAAUCUAUCUACUAACUGAACAUUCCUCUCUUAAUGUUUUGGGCAUGAAUCAACAGGAAUGCUUCAUAAUUUUUUUUCCCCUUCAUGGAUAUUUUUCGGGAAUGUAAAUAAUGCAGUAUGUAGAACUUCUGAACUUAAUGAAUAUCAAGCUAGUUUUGUUCACUUGUGGAA